AUGCAAAUCGCUCUACGAGAACCGGUUUCAUUGAAUUCAGAUCGUAUAGCUUCAAAAAAUCAGAUUAAUGUUAUCACAUAUUUGAAAAUAAUCUUGAAUCUAAACUAUCAAAUUGUAGAUCAUCGGUUUGUUUUGGCUACACCCACCUGCAAUCGGAACACAAAGAAGAAGGGUGGGUUGCGUUCAAUUCAUGCUACAAGAUGGAGGGUCGGUGGUGAAGAGGCCGUUGGUUUUUUUUGGCCACCUAUUAAUAACUUGAUAUUAUAUCCCCAAUUCCCCAUUGGGCCAUUAUCCAAGCCAAGCCCAAUCAAGGAGAAAUACCGAAUAGCGAAGGAAUACGAGGGAUCUUUUGCGUUUCUUCCUCGGCACUCGGCAGCGAUCUUUGAACCCUUCCCAAAUUCUUUAUCCCCCCAAUUGACGCCCUUCUCCGGUCACCUGGUUCAAUCCUUUAGUUUACACAAAUAG